AUGAUUGAUAAAAGUGAAUUACUCGCGCACGCGAGGGCGUGCGCGGUCGCGACGUACGGCACCGCGCGCGAGUGCGAGCGGUGGAACGAUCUCCGCACCGGGACCGCCGCGCUCGCGUGCUGCGCGUGGGCGUAUCCGGAGUCGUACGAGGCGGUCGUGCUCGGGACGCAGGGGCGGGGGCGGGACGACGACGCGCGUCGCGCGCGAACGCGGGCGGCUUCGAAAGCGCCGUGGGACGCGGUGCGAGGGAUCUUGGCGCGAGAACGGGUGCCGGCGAACGCGUUGGACGUCGAGGCGACGAUGCGCGGUGAGUUUCAGGCGACGUUUGAUUUGUUCGCGGUGCUGUAUUGGCAGCGGGCGUUGCGACGACGCGCGGUGGAGGGCGGGGACGACGACGCGUUGGAGAUUUCGUUCGCGCGUCGUUUGAAUCCGGGAACGCGAGCGUACUGCACGAGACAGGAGACGAGAGAUCGGGCGACGCGAUUGGCGCGUAAGCAACACGCGGCGACGAGUCGCGAGGCGAGCGGCGCGAGCGCGACGGGCGUCGCGAGCGCGACGGGCGUCGCGAGCUCAAUACAAAAGGCGGAUUCGACGGUUGACACGGUCGUGAAGGAAUCGGAUAUCGAACCGCGAGCGGCGAUGGCGGCGACGACGCAGUCGAUGACGAUCGAGCAGUGGGAGACGCUCACGGAGGUUCGAUGGGAGUUGGAAAAGACGAAGGAGCUCUUGGAGGCGCGAGAGCGCGAGCUCGAACGCGCGCACACCUCGGAGUCCCCGACCGCGACGAGACGGCGAGAGACGAAAAUGAAGGAGCUGAUGGAACAAUUGACGCACGAGCGCGAGGAGCGCGAACGUGCCGUGCGCGAGCGAGACGCACUUAGAGACGAGCUGAAACAUGUGCGCACCGAGGUCUCCGCGUUGAUGAGCGCGACGGUUUUAUCUCAGGGCAACAUGGAGUCGUUUAAUUCUGUGGAUGUUCGCACGCACGAGGGGCGUGCGAUCGCACAGACGAUGAUCGACGUCAUGGAUUGCGUUCGAAAAGCAAACGCGGAUAUUCGGAGGGAGCGCGCGCACGAUCGGGGCGUGCCGUCGCCGAGCGCGCACCUGGAAUCGGAUGGGAGCCUCUCACCGUCCUUCAUAGCGCGUAUGAACACGUUCGAUCUCAGCGAGAGUAGCGUGCGGCGAGACGAGCGAGACGAGCAAGAGGAGACUCGCGACGAGAACGAGAUUGAGCACUUCACCACGGCAUCGCCGCAGCAUCAUCGGAGUGCGUCUCGCGAGAGCGGGCCGACCGAGUACGAUUCCCUUGAUAGCGUCGCGUAG